AAAAAAUUCGCGGAAGAUUUAUAAUUAUAUUUUUAUACUUAUUCAAAUAAGUAUAUAAAAGUGCGUCGCCUGCAUUGAGAAGUCAACCAGAAUCAGUGUGACUACGAUAGUAUAUAACCAUUGUAUGUAAAUUGAAUACAUGUGUAUUCAGAAAAAAAAUUCAAAAAAUUUAUCAUGGCUCAUGACAAAAAAACCGUAAGACGAAGUCGAUCACGCGAACGUGAUCGCGAACGUGAACGGGAUCGAGAACGACGAGAAAGAAGGCGGUCAAGAAGUCGAUCAAAAGAUCGUAAAAAGGAUAGAAAACGAUCAAGAUCGCGAGAGCGAUCUAGAGAAAGAGAUAGAUCCCGCGAAAAAGAUAGGGAUAGAUCAAAAGAAAGACGAGAGUCUAAAGAUAAAUCAAAAGAUGAUAAGAAACGUAAACCAAGUCCUAUAUUUGUAUUGGAUGAUGAAAAUAAAAAAGAGAAUAAGAAUGAACAAAAGAAGGAAGAAGAGGAAGAAGAUAAAACAAAAUUUCUUCCUAAGAAAGAACCACUUAGUUUGGAAGAAUUGCUAGCCAAAAAGAAAGCAGAAGAAGAAGCACGUGCUAAACCAAAGUUUUUAACUAAAGAACAACGUGCUGCUUUAGCAUUACAAAAGCGACAAGAAGAAGUUGAAGCUAUGAGAAAGCAACAAGAGGAAGCACGUAAAUCUUUCUUUCACACUGAAAAUACUGGGAAGGAUAGAGAAUGGGAUGAUAGAGAUAGGCGUAGAGAAGGUCAACGUGCAAGGGAAGAGGAAAUUAAAGACAAGGAUAAAGAGAAAGAAGUUGAAGCUAUUAAGGAGCGUUAUUUAGGGUUGGUGAAGAAAAAACGACGUGUUAGAAGAUUGAAUGAUAGAAAAUUUGUAUUUGAUUGGGAUACUUCAGAGGAUACAUCUGUUGAUUAUAACAGUAUUUAUAAGGAAAGACAUCAAGUUCAAUUCUUUGGUAGAGGAAAUCUUGCUGGAAUAGACAUCAAAGCACAAAAAAGAGAUCAAAGUAAAUUCUAUGGAGAACUUCUAGAAAAAAGAAGAACAGAAGCAGAAAAAGAACAAGAGAAAAUGAGAUUAAAAAAAGUAAAACGAAAAGAAGAGAAGCAGAAGUGGGAUGAUAGGCAUUGGUCAGAGAAAGCAUUACACGAAAUGACAGAAAGAGACUGGCGUAUAUUUAGAGAAGACUAUAAUAUUACGAUAAAAGGCGGACGUAUUCCCGAUCCAAUUAGAUCCUGGAAAGAGUCAGGAUUUCCAAAAGAAAUUCUUGAUAUUAUUGAUAAAGUAGGAUACAAAGAUCUAACACCUAUUCAAAGACAAGCUAUUCCUAUUGGAUUGCAAAAUCGCGAUAUUAUUGGUGUCGCUGAAACUGGAUCAGGAAAAACUCUAGCAUUCUUAAUUCCUCUGUUAUUAUGGAUUACGAGUUUACCAAAAAUUGAAAGAUUAGAAGAAGCAGAUCAGGGUCCUUACAGUAUAAUUUUAGCACCAACUCGUGAAUUGGCUCAACAAAUUGAAGAGGAAACAAAUAAAUUUGGACAACCGCUAGGUAUAAGAACAGUAGUCGUCGUGGGUGGACUUUCUAGAGAAGAACAAGGAUUUAGAUUAAGAAUGGGUUGUGAGAUUGUAAUAGCCACACCAGGACGUUUGAUAGAUGUAUUAGAAAAUCGAUACUUGGUUUUAAAUCAGUGUACAUAUAUUGUACUGGAUGAAGCUGAUAGAAUGAUAGAUAUGGGUUUUGAACCAGACGUACAAAAGAUUUUGGAAUAUAUGCCAGUUACAAAUUUAAAACCGGACAAUGAAGAUGCUGAAAAUGAAGAAAAACUAUUAGCCAAUUAUAAUACGAAAAAGAAAUACAGACAAACUGUAAUGUUUACAGCUACUAUGCCUCCUGCGGUAGAACGACUGGCUAGAACUUACUUAAGACGACCCGCUGUUGUAUACAUUGGUAGCGUAGGAAAACCGACAGAAAGAACAGAACAAAUAGUUCAUAUAAUGGGAGAAGCUGAUAAACGCAAGAAACUGAUGGAAAUACUUAGCAGAGGGGUUGAACCACCAGUUAUUAUAUUCGUCAAUCAAAAGAAGGGUGCUGAUGUUCUUGCAAGAGGUCUGGAGAAACUAGGCUAUAAUGCGUGUACCCUUCAUGGUGGUAAAGGACAAGAACAAAGAGAAUAUGCACUUGCAUCCCUUAAGAGUGGAAGUAAAGAUAUUUUAGUAGCUACCGAUGUCGCAGGACGUGGUAUCGAUAUUAAAGAUGUGUCUAUGGUUAUUAAUUAUGAUAUGGCAAAAACUAUAGAAGAUUAUACACAUCGUAUUGGAAGAACCGGUCGUGCAGGCAAAGCUGGACUUGCUAUUUCGUUCUGUACGAAAGAUGAUAGUCAUCUAUUCUAUGAUUUGAAGCAAACAAUUCUUGCGAGUCCAAUAUCUACUUGUCCUCCUGAAUUAUUGAAUCAUCCUGACGCUCAACAUAAACCUGGUACAGUAGUUACGAAAAAACGUCGGGAAGAGAAAAUAUUUGCCUAAGAAUACGAACAUUUAAUUGUAAAGUUCGCUUAUAUAAGUAACACGUAUGUACAUUUGUGUCUUACACAAGUACAUAUUUUUUAUAGUAUAAUAAUUGAUUAUAAGAAAUGUUAGCAUGUAUGUGAAAUAAAGUAAAAAGUAAUGUAAAUAUAUGAAUAC